AGUGUAAACAUAACUUUUAUAUGCACUGGGAAACAAAAUUCAUUUGACUCCCAGUGCGUUACUUGCUUUAUUGUAGUGGUCUGGAACUGAACCAGCAGUAUCUCCAAGAUGUGCCUAUGCCUGCCAAGGGAGAGAGCAGUCCCCUCCCUCCUGGACAUAGGAAGUUAGCUAGACCGGACCCUUGCUGAAUUGAGCCUCAGCUCAGGUCCACUUGUAAUUGAUGAUCAGGGAUACUAGGAGAGUCAGGGUUGUGAACAUUUAUUAGCUGCUCUAUGCUAGAUGGAACACAAGACACUUUGUAUUCAGUAAGUCAUUCACUUUUCGCAACAACCUGUUAAUAACAGGAGUAGUUGCCUCAUUUAAGAUGAACUAAGGUUUCAGUUAAGACAUUUGCCAAGGCGCACAGUAAAGUGCCGGAGCUGGGGUGAAAACCACUCCGAGCCCAGAGCCAUUCUGUGCAGUCCCGAGGCCCACACCCGCUCACAGCCCUGCUCCUCGGGACUGCUGUCAGGGAAGAACAGAGAAGGACCUUGAUGUGGCAUAGGAUCCAUUUCCCACAGAAAAACCCAUGGACUGGAUCGUCCCUUUUAAGAAGCAGUGAAAUUCCAGAAUGUAGUGAUGAGGACCGCCAGGUUCUGUGCUUGGGACCAGCUGGGGAACAAAGCAUACAGAAGGGUUCACCCUAGCUUAGGCCGAAUUAGUAUCUAAAACAUCCAGAUGAACCUGCUCUAUUCUACCUCCCCAAAAUUAUGAAUUGGUUUCUAGAUGCCUUGCUUUAAAGGGAGCAGGGGGGAUCCCCUUAAGACUGCAGAGUGGAAGGGGGAUAUCUGUCUUCAGAUACAUGGAAAGCUUACACACAUGAAAGAUGUGCAGUGUUCUAUAACUUCAUGGGAGCCAGCUUGGUUCUCAGGUAAGCCUGCUUGAUCACUGUCUCAGGAGACAAGUUCACUGGGACUUGUGUAUGCAGGGGCAGCACUGCUAACGCUUUUGAGGACACUUGCUCUGUGCUAGAUCCUGUGCUGGGUGGAUUACAGGAAUUAUCUCAAAUAAUGCCCACCCUAGAAAGUAGUUCCUUUCAAUGUUGCCAUGUUUUAGGUGAAGAAACUGCAGUUUAGAGAGCUUGCUUGCCCAAGACUGAUGCACAGGCUCUUGGCACCAUGGCCGCUCUGCAGCAUAGAUAGGCUGGAGAACCACACUGGGGUCGGGAGGCCAGGCACUGAUGCUCAGGAAGGGAUUCUAAGGUCAGAAGGAAAAGUGAACCAGAUGACUUUAAAGGACUCCUGAGGAAAAACGAUUUUUGCCUAAAAAGGCAGGAUUCUUGUCGCCUGCCCUCACAGGUCGGAGCCAGGCAGAGGCUGGGGUGACUAGAAGGAGGUGAACAAAACCAGAUACCAACCCUAGUAUCCUGCCCCUGCCUUUCGGGGACCCCUUAGAGUCAGGGCGGUAGGAACCUCCAUCUACGUAGCCUCACCCCUCAAAGAGCAGAGACAGGAAAUGGCCGGCCCUGACAGUGUCAAGCUGUGGCCACAGGGUGGCAGCAGAGUGCUUCAGCUGUAAAGGAUGGCGGCAGACGCCCAGGUGAGGCAGAGCCUGAGUGGGGCUCCCCCGUGAGCAUGGGGCUUGUGUCCAUGAUGGGGAGCAAUCCCCACUUUCUGUGGACUCUGAAACCUUUUAGUCUCCUUCUGUAUCCCACUUUCCUAUCCACAGGCAAAUGUCAGAGGAGUGUCUCCAUUUUUAUCCCCCCAAAGGGCACAUAGGCAAGGGGAUGAAGGGGCUGGAUGACCCCGCGGCAGCCAUAGUCACAAGAGGGACCAGGCUGGGUCAUCCUGGCUCACUCUAACCCUGGCUCUUCCCUCCUUUCCUCUGUUCCAAGACAUGGUGCCUAGACCUUCUUGACAAGACUUCAUGCUUUUACUCUCAAGUUAGGAAAGCGAGGAGGUGAUCGAUUGGAACUCUCGAAACUGUUGAGGAAUUGGGGGUUCUUGAAGGCCCCCUAGGGCCUGGCUCUGACAAAGCAUCUGCAAUUAAUGAUGCUUCUUGAGCUUUGGAGACAGAAUUUAUGCAUCUAAUAAAGUCUGUAACUCCAGCCUUAGGGGCUGGGGGCCCGAGGCUGGGAGCAGGAAGUCCCAGAGGUGCCGUGGGAGGGGCUCCCAGGCGGCUCCUCAUUGAGCGAUGCAUUUCCCUCGCCCGCUCUAGACUGCCCCUCAGGCUACCGCGGGGUGGGGGGCCGGGCCACCGCAGGUAUAAGAAGCGGGUAUGGCUCCAGGAAGGCAGAUGGCAGCAUGGAGCCCAGGCGGGCCGCAGUGCUGCUGAUGGUGCUGCUACUAACAGACGGAGGCUGUGCUGGAGGACCAGGCGACGGAGGUGAAGACCAGAUCUUCAUGGAGGAAGACAGCGGAGCCUACCCACUGCAGGAGGUCCAGACCCCUGGGUCACUCUUGCGCUCCCUGCUCCAGGCCAUGCAGAGACCUGGCCGGAGCCCAGCCUUUCUGUUCCAGCCCCAGAGGUUUGGCAGAAACGCCCGGGGCUCCUGGAGCAGCGAACAGCUGAGUCCCCAAGCCAGGGAGGGGCUCAGCUCCCCCUUCUGGAGUCUGGCUGCCCCUCAGCGCUUUGGGAAGAAGUGACCUGUCAUCCCUUGAUAUGUAUGCAUGCAAAGCUCCCAACUACAAGGGCCAGGCCUCCCCUCCUCCCCUAAUAAAGCUGUGGCUUCUGAA